CUUUUUGUCGCUUUUUGACGCUUUUUGACGCUUCUUGUCGCUUCUUGUCACUUCUUGAUGCUUCUUGUCGCUAAUUAUUGAGAUCCAAUUGACCAAUCGAAAUGCACGUUAUAUUCAUCUUUUUAUGAUAAUAUGAACACAGAGCCUGCAGAUGAGAGUCCACAGCAGGGUAACCUGAUCCCUAGUGGUGGGGCUUCAGACAACAGGGCUGGGGGACCACUGACAGAUUUUGUACAGCAGCUGGAAGAUUAUGCACCUACUAUACCAGAUUCAGUAACAGCCUUUUACUUGAACAGAGCAGGAUUUGAAGCUUCAGAUCCUAGAAUAACAAGAUUGGUAUCCAUAGCAGCACAGAAGUUUGUGUCAGACAUAGCCAAUGAAGCAUUACAACAUUGUAAAAUGAAGUCAUCAUCUGGACAGACAAAAAGUAAAGGAAAGGAUAAGAGAUUGACCUUGACAAUGGAUGAUUUAACUCCUGCUCUAGCCGAAUAUGGAAUAAAUGUGAAGAAGCCAGCAUACUUUGUAUAAACACAUACUUUUGAUAUUGUAGAAAAUAUUGUUAACCAUUUGGAAUAGGACUGAUAUAACUUUUUACUAUAAUUGUAAACUUUGAUAACAACUUUUAGAUGUUUUGUUAGAUUUUUUAUCAACAUUAUUUUGUAGUAGUUAAACAAUUAAACAUUUUCCAUUUUA